CGCCAAACACGAGUAAAGGACAUCACGGUGCCAUGAAUGUCUCCAUGCGAGAUUCUAUGACCCUUUAUUAGUGAGAUCUACAUUGUCUACGGAGCGGCCAUUGUCCUUAAAUCAGGAUCUCUUGAAAAUGAGCUCGUCAAGCAGCCAACACAAGUUUCGAUGUCUGGACUUGCGCGAUGCAUCCGGCGCAACUGGGUUUGAUGCAGAGGUUUGUCGGAAACAAAAUGGAGUUCUUGUGGAAUCAGAGGAACAUGGUUCUCCGUCAGACGAUUCAGCAUUAUCAUCCAAAAGGGACGAUUCAUUUUCUUCGCUAUAUGAUCUCAGCGUUCCGUCGUCACUUGGCGCAGAUACUCAAGACAGCGUAUCAAGCAUGUAUCGAGAUGCUACUCCGAUUGAUACGCCAGAGCUGCCUCAAGAGCCUUCAUUCCCCGGUGACCCUAGGUUCCAACUCUAUCAAAAUUCCGCCCAGCACUAUAGGAUUUCAUCUUAUGAUGCAGAUAUGGAUCUGUCACUCACCAUGUCAAUCCCCAAAAGGGUCAAUUAUUCAUAUCCAAAUACACCGGAAACAAUUAACGGGCUCGUUCCAUUUACAUCAUUAAGUGAGACAGAUACUAAGCUCAGUGAGUCUGGGAAUCGGGAUCCAUCUCUCCCCGAUUUGAGCUCGACGAGUGUCAAGGAGCAGGUGGCGUAUGUUUCCACGUCGCCCAGGAACUUGAGCCCAAUAUGGGAUCCUGAUGUGGCCGAUAAGGCAAUUGAGGGGUCAUACUCCAAACAGCAAAAUACUACUAAACAAAGAAGUCCUUCAAUAGAACUUUCCAAAACUAUCGGAAAUCAUAUCGACCCUUCAAUGCCGAGUCCCUUGCCAAGUACAUUCAACAACUCAUAUCCAUCAAGUCUAGGCAACUCAAGUAACGUAACCGAAUAUGACUCAACGAACUCAAGCGACUUUGAAGAAGAAAUCAAUGGGAUGGACCACGGCAUUCUCCAAUCCCUUACACCAUUGAACAAGACUUAGACGUCUUGGCCUUGGAUCAAGCCAUAUUAGACCUGAUAUCAAGGACUUUUAAAUGAUGACGCUGAUGAAGGAAAGGAAUGACUUGUAUUAAAAGUGGAUGAUACUAUGUAAAAUGGGUGUAUGCGACCAUAAAUGGUACUUAUACUAAGAAUAUGAUCACAUGAUCAGGGUCAAGGUCACCUGAUACACCAGCACCAGUUCACCAUCCAUACUAAAAGAGUUGUUAUCUAUCUUCUAUAGGCAACUCAAUCUAUCGGGAGGUCGGCCAAGCGAAGCCGCUUCCGGAAAUACGACAUCAUGCCCUCAAAGUCGCAUAGCAACCCAAAAGCAGUGCGACUCUCCUAGUAAGGACUCAGUCAGUUUAUCACGGGGUAAAAGAAGGCGCAAAGACAGUGGCCAGCAUCAAUCAGGGGAUGAGGGAGACGAAGACAGAUACCCACACAAGAGGCUUCACUUAGACCGUCCUGUU